AAAAGGGCGGGGACUAUGGGCGGCGGUUGUGGAGCGACCGCCGGACCUCAGCCCCCGGCCCAGCGAGGAGGGAGAGCCCGGGCGCCCGGGAUAUUUGGAAGGAUAAAGGGCGAUGACCACACCCGCGGGCUCGGGCUUCGGCUUCGGCUCGGUGUCCUGGUGGGGCCUGUCCCCGGCGCUGGACCUGCAGGCUGAAAGUCCCCCUGUGGACACAGACUCGCAGGCAGAUAAAGAGCACGGGACCUCCGAGCUAGAUGUGCUGCUGCUGGGCUCCGUGGAUGGGCGGCAUCUGCUGCGGACUCUGGCCCGGGCCGAGCUCUGGCCUCGCAGGAGGUUCAACUUCCAUGUGCUGGAGAACAAUCUGGAAGCUGUGGCCCGACACAUGCUGAUCUUCAGCCUAGCCCUGGAGGAACCUGAGAAGAUGGGAUUACAAGAGCGGAGCGAGGCCUUCCUGGAGGUGUGGGGGAACGCCCUGCUGCGCGCCCCGGUGGCCGCCGUCGUGCGCGCCCAGGCCCAGCGCCUGGCGCACCUGGUCCCCGAGCCCGACCGCCUGGCGGAGCAGCUGCCCUGGCUCAGCCUCCGCGCCCUCAAGUUCCGCGAGCGGGACGCCCUGGAGGCGGUGUUCCGCUUCUGGGCCGGCGGGGAGAAGGGACCCGAGGCCUUCCCCAUGAGGCGCCUGUGGGACUCGCGGCUGCGCCAAUACCUGGGCUCCCGCUACGACGCGCGGCGCGGGGUCAGCGACUGGGACCUGCACAUGAAGCUUCACGACCGCGGGGCCCAGGCCAUCCACAUACGCGAGUUUCGGCGCUGGAGAGACACAGGCGUCGCCUUUGAGCUCAGAGAUCCCAGCGCCUACCACGUGCCCAACCGGACCCUGGCGUCCGGUCGCCUCCUGAGCCACCGCGGGGAGCGCGUGGCGGCGCGCGGGUACUGGGGAGACAUCGCCACGGGGCCCUUCGUGGCUUUUGGCAUCGAAGCAGACGACCAGAGCCUCCUGCGCACCAGCAACGGACAACCGGUCAAGACCGCGGGCGAGAUCACGCUGCACAACGUGACGGCGCUGUUCCGGGAGGUGUCCGCCUGGCGGCGCCCAGGAGCCACCCAGGGGCGGCCCGAGGAGGGAGUCCCUGAGCCGGACUCUGCCCGCCUCUACGUUCUUCCAAGUGCCUGCGCCCCACCCCCCACCAUGGCUCCACGCUCCGGGAUGACCCCUCUCUGCCCCUUUGCAGCAGACCCCGCCCCUGAGACUUUCACUGUCCACUUCCUGCCCCUCGGUUCUGCCCAGACCCUGCACCACAAAGACUGCUACAAAGGACGGUUCCAGCUUCUCUACUUGGCCUGCGGAAUGGUUCAUCUUCUCAGCCCUGAGCUCGGGGACUGCGUGGCCCCCGGCGGGCGCCUGAUCGUGGAAUUGGCCCGAUACCUGGUAGAUCUGCGGUCGGAGCAGCUGCAGGGGUUCGAGGCCCGCGUCGGGGAGCUAGCUCGGGCGGCUGGAUUUACCCCGCAACCCGGGGCCAGGCCCUCAGAGACUUUCGCGCGCUUCUACAAGUCCGGAGACUCCCCUCCCGGUGGCGCUGACCUUGCAGUGGCUUGUAGGAGUCCGCCCCCAGAAGCCCUGGCCACGCCUUCCGAGAGCCUGGCCUCGCCUCUUGAAGAUGUGGCCGCGUCUCUUGAAAAUCUGGUUCCACCUCCUGAGGUGGUGGUCCCGCCCCCAGAAGCUCUUGCCCCGCCUUCUAAGCCCCUGACCCCGCCUCCUGAAGAUGUGGCCCCGCCUCCCGAGGUCAUGGUCCCGCCCCCAGCAGCCCUGGCCCCGCCUUCCGAGUGUCUGGUUCUGCCUCUUGAAGAUCUGACCCCGCCUCCUGAGCCUCUCAAGCCGCCCUCGGAGACUCAGGGUUCACUUUUGGAGGUUUGGGCUCCGCCCCAAGAGGCUUUGACUCCACCCCCAAUGGAUCAGACCCCAAAGCCAGAGAGUCUGACGCCACCCCCAGAGACCAACUCCCCCGUCUCUAAAUUCUGAAGUCAGAACACAUCUAAUUCUGAACUCCUAAAAUUCUAAACCUGUCACUAGAAUUCUCAAUUUUACUCUCAAGAUUCUCAGCGCCAGAGGUGUUCGAAUUUCAAAUUCCAUUUGUGGAAUUCUACGUUCUAAGGAUUCUAGAUUGUUCUUGCAGAAUUCUAAAUUCCACUGCAAACCCAGCCCGGAGAUCCUAUCAGACCGUCUGCCUCCAGCCGCCUUCUGGGGGCCAGCCCCCAAGUGGUUCCAGUAAAGACAGCUGAGUCCUUUUC